AUAAACUAAUUAUCAAGUUUGUUAUCACGACAUGAUAACUAUUUAUUCUCUCCAUAUCUCUAUCCUGUUUUUAUCUAUUGUGUCCAUCAAAGGGUGUUGUUGAUUUCCCUUCUAGUGUCGUGGAUUUCCGUUUUCCGCUUUGGUUUGUAUAAUAGUUGAUCAUAGCGUUAUUUUUCUGCAAUCACUUUGUGCGAAGCUCGAUCGCCAUGGCCGUCGACAUCCAAACUUUGGAAGACAGGUAUAUUGAUUCUUGCAGGAGACAUGGUGUUUUGCCUAGCACUACUAUUUUGUCAAGCCUUUUCAAGGCUGAGGUAAAAAAAUCCCACCAAGAGCUGUGCAUUCUGGAGAUUUUAAUUGACGAUCUUAAAGAUAUUGAUUUUUCUCCCCUCCUAGACAUAUGCAUGAACCUUGAUACUUCUGAAAUAGAAGCUGUUGAUGUACGUAAUGAAUCAUCAUGUGUAUUAAAUGGAGAAUAUGUAUUAUCAUUGAUGCGUGCUAUUAAUCAAAAGCUUCGAGUAGUCAAACUAAAGGAUGUUUCAUUUGGAAAAGACUUCGUACGGGAUAUCUCACAAAGAGGUUUGGCAUGCCAAGUUUUGACACUGAGGUCAUCACGUCUCCGAAAGUUGAGCUUGAUAGGGGAGUUCAUGCAUAUGCACACACUUAAUCUUGAUUUCAGUUCUUCCCUUACUAGUUUCCAAGAAGACUGUUUUAAUUGCAUGCCCAAUCUAAUGUGUCUCUCAAUGUGUGAAACACGGAUUACAAAUCUUUGGACAACUGUUGCGGCUCUCUCUAAGCUCCCUUCUUUAGUUGAACUAAGGUUUCAAUUUUGGCAGUAUUGCAAUGAUGCUGGAACAUCUUUUACCUCAUCAAGUGGGAAGUCAGAUGCUACUGCUGAUUUUAGUCUGCUUGAUAGAGUUCCUUUUAUUGGUGAAUCUUGCAUUGAUACAAGGGAACUGACAAAUUCCAACUUUAGCUUCGAGGAUCCAAUUAGAAAUUUUUAUUCCUUUGAUGAAGAAAUUAUGAGUGAUGAUGUUCAAAGCAUGGUUGAGGACUUGUCAAAUGAUAGUGAAAUUGACUUGCCUAAUCAUCAUGAUAGAAACUGGUUGUCAGAUGUUUUUCCUAGGUGGAAUUUACAAAUGCCUCUUCAGAGUGAGAAUGAAGAAGAAGAGUCAUCACGAGGUUCCUUUACAGGGAAUACUGUUGAUGUUUCUAUGAAAUAUAUGUCUUGUCAUGCAUCACCAAUAUGUCAGGAGAAACACUACAGAGAAUUCAUGAUAGCUUCAUUACCGAAUCUGAAAAGUCUAGAUAAUCUGCCUAUCAGAAAGAUUGACAAGGAAAGGGCUACUGGAAUAUUUUCUCAAUACUUUGAAUAUCUUCCAUACAGAUGGAAGAGCAAAGAGAGUGUUUUAAGUAUCAUACACAAGCGAGAAAUAAAAUCAGGUCGCAUUAAGGUGCAAUCUUCUAAGCGUAGCCCGUCGUAUCCUUCUGGAACGUCUCAGUAUUUUUAUACUAGGUCUCUUUCAGCUGCUAAAUUGGGGUCUUCAACUUGGCCUUUCUUACAUCCACUUUCUAUACCAGGAUUUGAAUUGGAGAAGGGCUUUCGUGAUAAGGGCUUUCAUCCAAGGCAGUUUGAGUAUCACCCAUCUGACUCCAGCUUGAUGGUCUUUGGAACUUUAGAUGGUGAAGUAGUUGUCAUAAAUCAUGAAAGUGAACACAUUGUUAGUUAUAUCCCAUCACUUGGAGCAAUGAAUAGCGUCUUGGGUCUUUGUUGGCUCAAGAAAUAUCCUUCUAAGCUUAUAGCAGGUUCAGAUAAUGGUUCCCUGAAAUUGUUUGACAUCAACCGUAUACCAAGAAAAAUGACUGGCUUAUAUGGGAACUCUGGUUGUGUUACUUUUGAUGAAUUUGACCAGUUGACAUCUGUUCAUGUUAACUCUAUGGAUGAACUAUUUAUUGCAAGUGGUUACUCAAGAAAUGUUGCUUUGUAUGACAUUAACAGUGGAAAGCGCUUACAAGUGUUCACAGAUAUGCAUCGUGGGCAUAUUAAUGUCGUCAAAUUUGCAAAUCAUUCCCCAUCAAUUUUUGCUACUUCAUCAUUUGAUCAUGAUGUCAAGAUGUGGGACUUGAGACAGAAACCAAUACACCCUUGCUUCACUGCAUCAAGCUCUAGAGGAAAUGUGAUGGUUUGCUUUUCUCCAGAUGACCAAUAUAUUUUAGCAUCAGCAGUUGAUAAUGAGGUCAGACAAUUCCUGGCUGUUGAUGGUAGGCUUCACUUAGUUUUUGAUAUAGCUCCAACUGAAAGUUCUCAAAAUUACACUCGUUCUUACUACAUGAAUGGGAGGGACUACAUUAUAAGUGGAAGUUGUGAUGAGCACGUUGUCCGUAUUUGCUGUGCUCAAACAGGGAGGCGCCUGAGAGAUAUUUCCUUGGAGGGUAAAAGCUUAGGAAGCUCCAUGUUUGUUCAAUCUUUGAGAGGCGAUCCUUUCAGGGAUUUCAGUAUGAGUGUGUUAGCAGCCUACAUGCGGUCUGGCUCCAGGUCUGAAAUUGUCAAGGUCAACUUACUAGCAUCUAGUGGCCAUGUUAAGGAUGACCAUCCCCUAUGCUCGUCCUACAUUAUGGGAGCUUGAUGUACGAUUUUGUAUGUAUUAUAUGUAAAGGUGAUUUAGAAUUGGUUUUUACGAGAAUAAUAAUUAUAGUUUUAGUUAAUUAGUGUGUUGAGCUGACCUUUGCCUACGUGUAAUGUAAAUCCAACGAGUGUAAAUAAAAAAUAUGUAAUAACGACUCAAAAGUUACAGUGAUCCAACAUCAGUUUGUAAAAUUUACUGUGUGGCAGUAUGAAGAAACUGAGCAUUUGUUCGUGUGGCUGUUAAAUUUCCUUUUUAAGCCAAGGUCCCUAUGAUACUGGUUUGAUAAAACAUUAAGCUUUAGCAUGAUAAAGCGGAGCUAAGUGGACCGUCCUUAUCUUUUUUUCCUCUGUAAACUGAAGUUAAAUGUAUCAAUUGCAGCUAGAUAAAUAAAUUUUCUCAAA